AUGUUGGAUGUGAAAUCUGUAUUCACAGUCAUACCUAAUAGUAAAGGUGUUGAGCUCUUCAAACAGUAUUCAAUGGAAGAUGAAACAUAUGAUGUACAAGUUAUUGAUUUAUUGUCACUGUUGAUGGAACUGAUAUUAGAGAACAAUAUCUUUUUGUUUGAAAGAAAUUUAUAUAGACAAAAGGAUGGCGUGGCCAUGGGCACUUCAUGUGCAAAUGGCUACGGAAAUAUUGUUAUGGCUAUGUGGGAGAAAGAAUUCCUAAUGACUGAGAUGGGAAGGCAUCUGAAGUUCUACAGGAGAUUUGUGGAUGAUCUCUUUAUUCUAUGGGGAGGUGAUGUAGUCUCAUUUCUAUCAUUCUUCCACAAAAUAGACAAUAGUACCAGCUUCCUUAAGUUUUCAAUGAAGCAUUCCUAUGAUGUUAUAGAUUAUCUGGAUGUCAGGAUACUUCAAAAAGAUAGAGGUAUUCUGGAAACUGAAAUCUAUAGGAAAGAAUUUUAUAGGAAUAGCUAUCUCCAUAGACAGAGCAUGGACCCGAGACAUAUAUUUAAGAACACUGUAAGAGGCCAACGUCUGAGAGCAUCAAGACUCACAGCUAAUCAAAAUAAGUAUGAGGAAGAGAUCAAGAACUUGAAGGAAAGCUUCAUACAUAGAGGGUACAGUGAAAAAGAGAUACAACAGUCAUUAGUGGGUCUAUCUGAGGCAAGGGAAGGACAGACAGAAUUGUUUGAAUCAUUGAGAGUGGAGGAGCGGCAAUUGGGAGAAAUUGUAAUUGCAACCCUCCAGUUGGAAGGGUUGUGGGAUGAUGUAUUAGCAGAUUUAACGGAUGAGAAAGAACCAAAGAGUGGAAAUGACAUGUACUGGGCAGAAGUGAUAGAAUGGAUUAGAGAGGAGGAAGAGAUAUUUUUCUGCUGUUUUCUAUUAGAACAUUUAAAGGACCACCUAGAAGAAUACACUUCCAGAUUUCCAAAAGUCAGAAUUGUAAGAACAACUAAGAGAGAAGGACUCAUUCGAACAAGACUUCUAGGAGCUUCAGUAGCCAAAGGCGAGGUUUUAACCUUCCUUGACUCCCACUGUGAGGCUAAUGUAAACUGGCUGCCACCUCUUCUUGACCAGAUCGCACAGAACCGUAGAACAAUUGUAUGCCCCAUGAUCGAUGUCAUCGACCACAAUCACUUUGGGUAUGAGGCUCAGGCUGGCGAUACUAUGCGAGGUGCAUUUGACUGGGAGCUGUACUACAAACGAAUUCCUAUUCCACCGGAGCUCCAGAGGGCUGACCCCAGUGACCCAUUUGAGUCUCCUGUUAUGGCUGGAGGGCUGUUUGCUGUUGAUCGCCAGUGGUUCUGGGAGCUUGGUGGAUAUGACACUGGUCUAGAGAUCUGGGGAGGAGAACAGUAUGAAAUCUCUUUUAAAGUAUGGAUGUGUGGAGGGGCUAUGUAUGAUGUUCCUUGUUCCAGAGUUGGUCACAUCUACAGGAAGUAUGUUCCUUACAAAGUUCCAACCGGAACCAGCCUUGCAAGGAACCUAAAGCGAGUUGCAGAGACAUGGAUGGAUGAAUAUGCAGAGUAUGUUUACCAGAGGCGGCCUGAAUAUAGGCAUCUUUCUACUGGAGAUCUCACGGUUCAAAAGGAACUUCGGAAGCAUUUGAAAUGCAAAGACUUUAAAUGGUACAUGGCUGAAGUGGCCUGGGAUGUGCCAAAAUACUACCCACCUGUGGAGCCUUUGCCUGCUGCUUGGGGUGAGAUUCGGAAUAUUGCAGCAAACCUGUGUGUUGACAGCAAGCACGGAGGUACAGGAACAGAGCUGAGGCUGGACAUUUGUAUUAAAGACGGCUCAGAACGAACGUGGUCUCAUGAGCAGAUCUUUACCUUUGGCUGGAGAGAAGACAUACGGCCUGGGGAGCCGCUUCACACCAGGAAAUUCUGCUUUGACGCAAUUUCACACAGCAGUCCAGUCACACUUUAUGACUGUCACGGUAUGAAGGGAAACCAACACUGGCACUACAGGAAGGACAAAAGUUUACAUCAUUCUGUCAGCAACAGCUGCAUGGACUGUAACCCAGCCGAGAAGAAGAUUUUCAUGAACACAUGUGACCCUUUAUCUGAGACCCAGCAGUGGAUUUUUGAGCAUAUUAACAUGACUGUUUUAGAAAAAUAUAACAGGAAUGGCAGCUCAUAGGAAAUAUAAGACUAAAAAAAUGAGUUGUAACCAUAAUUUCUGUCCAGAACCCCUCAGCUCUAAAGCCAGCUGAUUUCAGGUGUCUCCUUUCCCAGUUCCAAUAGAACUGGUUGCAAAGUCGCUGAGAUGGACAUAUUUGAUAAUGCCAGCCAAGAAAAAGUUGUACAACAGGAGAUUGUGUAUAAUGGCAUCCUUGCUGGCCAAGGUUGUGCUCGUUUGAACAAUAAAGCCUUUUAAAAACAAAAAAAAGACUCUAAAUGAAAGUAGAAACUGGACAAAGUAAUAACUCUCAGGUCAAAUCCUGCUAGUCACAUGGAUAUGAAUUUGUUGUGUUUCCUUAGGAUUCUUCCUGGAGCAAAUGUGAACUGCAUGGCUAUAGUGAAUUGCCUCAAAAGAAAACAUACAGUAAACAAAAGUGAGAAUUUUUCAUGCUAACUGAAACCUUUAAUUACUGUCACAUUUGCAAAACCUAUUCAGUAUUCACAUCGCUUCACAUCUAAACAUAUUCCCUCAUAUCCCGUUCAGUUGCUAUGGAGAAUUUAUGAAUCACUUUUGCAUUUUAUAUGAUGUAAUCUGUAUUUUGUAUUUACAGUAGUCUAUCAGGCACAGAACAUUUUAUUGAGACUCUAGUUUCACCUAACUCAAUUAAGACAAAAAUGAGAUUGGCAGUUUAUGUUGAAUUUGGUUUCUUUCACUGUCUUAAGCAUCGCAGAGUCUGCCUUUAGUCUUAAUUUCAAACGGCCAAGGAAAUAAAUAUACUCAAAUAACUGAGGGUAAUGUGAAUUGUUAAGAAAAAACAAUUCUUGAUUGUUUUUGUAUUCUUAAAUAUAACAUUUCUUCUCUGGAUGAGGUAUUUCAUCAAUACUCCAGUUGACGUUCUUAGUUAACAUUUCUAUAGUCAUUAAAAUGCUCAGCUGUUAGCCUAUAGACAGAAGUAUAGUUUCUGAAAUAGACCAUUGAGUAUUUAUACUAAAACAAGAAAAGUGUUUUUACAAAGUAAGGUCUUACACUGUGCAAUAAUUCACAAGAGAUAAGAUAAUCCCAUAACAUCUGGUACCCUGCUGUUCAGAUAGAGGUGUGCACACAUCUGCGUCUGUAAUGUGAAACAGUGGUAUGUACUGACGGCCUUUGCCUGAUAAUAUUAUACUGUUCCCCGACACCAGUACCACAUUUACAGCACACUAUAAAUGAAGCUGGAUAAGACAAGCAAGAUUCAAUAAAGUCGUGUACAAAAGACUCAUAAAUAAGAUGACUUUUGCUUGCAUGUCUGUGAAGGACAUAUUGUUAGCAUGCAUUUUUUUUUUUUUUUUAAAUACAGGUUAUUCACUCUGUGCUGUCAUGCACCUGUUAACCUGUUACUAGGUUACAUUACCCUGGAAUGGAAGAAAGAGCAAGUUGGCUCUCAGUCAUCGAUCUACAUUCUUAACACAUUGAGUCCUAGUGAGUUUUUUUGAAGGCAAUUGUAUUUCUUGUGUUUUAUGGCACUGAAAUGAUUAUUCUGGAAAAUGGAUGUGCAGUUCUGUUCUUGUAUAGAAAACUAUAUAUGAUUGUCUAAAAUGUGCCAAUAUAACAUAAGCAUUUGUCAUGAUUACCUCUCUGCCAGUAUAUAAUUUGAUUUUUAUGUGUUUGGUACAAUAUUUAUUUUUUAUAUGAUCGCAUUCUUGCUUGAGGUGUAAACCAUGUUGGUUCGAUUCUUGUACUAUAUAAAAGGAAAAUAUAAACUAA